AUGUGUCAUCUAAAUCAUACUACCAGAGAUCAUCCCCCUAAAAUUGUGUUUAAAGAUGCCUAUUCAAGUGUUUACUCCAUAGAUUAUGCUUCAUUAUCAACUGCAUUAACCUAUAAAUCAUGUUUUGAAGCCGUUCAACUGGAUUGCCCAUCGGCUGAGGCAGGUAUUACCUUUGAAAUCUUGGGUUCUUGUAAUGGCUUGAUUUGCCUAGGUCUUUAUAAGAACGCAGCUGCUAUGAAUAAUAACUUCAAGGACGUGAAUGAUAUUUGUGUUUGGAACCCAACAACUAGAGAAUAUAGGGAAAUCCGAAUACGUCCUCAAUAUCUUCACCACCCCGCAUACAACAAAAUUAGCUAUGGAUUUGGUUAUGAUAGCAGCAUGAAUGACUACAAGUUUGUAAGAAUAUGCUACUGGAAAAAGGAUGAUUAUUCUAAACUAGAGGUCUACCCAUUAGGGUCCGAUUUAUGGAAAACUAUCGAGAAAAUCCCUUACUCGUUCCAUGAAACAGUGGAUCGUCCUGGCUUGCUUUUCAAUGGAGCUCUUCACUGGAUAGGCAUUAACACCACCAAAAACACCCAAUGUAUUGUUAGUUUUGAUGUUAAUAAUGAGAGGCUCACCGAUUUGUCUAUUCCGGAAAAAACUAUGAAGCAAGUGUCUAUUCCGGAAGAAACUAUGAAGCAAGAUAAACAUGUGGGAGUAUUGACAGGUUUCCUUUGUUUAAGUAGCACUGACAAAUGUCGUACUGAUGUGUGGGUAAUGCUGGAUUAUGGAGUGAAAGAAUCAUGGACUAAGCAAUUUACCUUCAUAAAUAAGCCUUAUCGUAAACAUGAGUUUAAUCCGCUAUGGAUUCAAAAUGGUAAGGCUCUAAUGGCAGGUAGCACACCUUUUGUUCUAUAUAAUCCCAAGGGUUUCAGAUUUGAAGAUGUGUUAGUAUAUUCUUCUGAUAUGGAGAAAUUAUAUAUCAGAAGUUAUUUUUACUACGUGAAGAGCUUAGUUCCACUUAACUCUGGGACGUAUGUGAAGAAGAGCGAGGAUAGUCAACGGAAACAUGCAUGA